CCGCACAACUCAGGUAGGCUGUUCUUUGUACAGAUUUGGGGCUUUGAUUGCAUGAAUACAAAUACAUCACAUUGUUGAUUAUUAUAUUUUUGUGUCUUUUAAAGCUUUCAAGCAUGAGUCAGAGUCUUUGGAGCAAAGGUAUGUAUGCUUCCAGCGACAUCUUCCUGGAACGCUGCAUUGCAGAGCAUCUCGCCCUCAAGCCCCAUGACCCACCAUCAUUGAAUCUGGGUGCGUCGGGUGGUUUUUACACCUCUCACAAGAACAGCAAGAGCAUCAAAGGACUGAUUCACAGGAUUGAAAACUCUGCUUCCAGUUUGUCGUGCUCCAGCCCAGUGGAGUGUAAUCUGACCAGAGGGAGCACAAAAACACCCCUGUCUCCUGCUUCUUAUGGUCAUCCCGACUGGAGUCUCACCAGUGGCCAUCAAGCCAAGCGUGCAAGAGUUGAAAACAUCAUCAAAGGUAUAACCUGUACAGAUGUGACACCAAAUCAGCAUGAGGCUGAAUGUACGCAGGAAGAGGAAGGAGUUGAAGUGUUAGCUUUACGUCAGAAACACAUGGAAACAAGUGGAACCGAAAGCCUAAGUGAAAGCCAUCAGCAUGUCAGAGAGUUCAGGUCAAAGUUCAAUCCCAUCUGGAAGGAAGAGAAGUUUCCCAGAUGGAGUGUUUCUUCUGAAGCAUCUACGGACGAGGCAUUUUCUAAAUCCGGGAGUGAAUCCGAAAGCAGUCCAGGGAAAAAUUAUCAAGGAUGGAAGAAGCUGGACCACCUCAACUCCAAUCCGGAUCGGGUAAAGCUGAUGGCAGAUAUUUUAAAGUAUGAGCUGACCCGAGCUGUGAGCAGGAGUGUGGACUCUAUUUUCAAAAGCAUGCCACUUAUGCAGACCCCAACUGAAAUGGAGAAUUCAGAAACUGCUCUACCUCCUCAGUUGGCAGAGUGUACGCAGAAUAAAUUACGAUGCAGGACUGCAGAGGUUCAGCUCCCAGAUGUCCAGACAGAAGCUCUGUCACUGGUGGUCCAAAAGCCUGAACUGGAACGGACGCCAAACUUCAUCCUCCAGCCCACAUUAGCACCUCCCCUUAUCCCCAAAUCUCCCAUCUUCUUCAGCCACGAGUCUGAACAUGCAUCAGAGCGAAAGAACAGCACAGACCAUCAACCCGGUGCAUUUAGAUAUUUACAGGACGGAUGCUCUGAAGGUGGCAAGCCGAGGUUGGACACGUACUGGAAUUUGGUCAAAGUGAAAUCAAAGGUCAACUCCAGAUCUGUGAGAAGCCCUCACACGCAUGCCAUGCCGGUGGAUCGAGUGAUUUUGGAAACCCUGAAUCUCCCCAAUGUGAAGCUAGAACCAGACAGCUUGGAGAAAAAUAAUCUGUACAUGUUGAACGAGUGUCUGACAACAAACCACCUGAAGAAAGCAAAGCUCAUGUUUUUCUACACUCGCUAUCCGAGCUCUGUGGUGCUGAGGAUGUGUUUUCAUGAUGUUCAGUUCUCACGGUGCAUCACCUCCCAGCUCAUCAAAUGGUUCAGCAACUUCCGGGAGUUUUACUACAUCCAGAUGGAGAAGUUUGCCCGGAACGCUCUCCUUGACGGGGUGGUUGACGUGAGGGAUCUGACUGUAGGCAGAGAAUCAGAACUUUUCAGAGCUCUCAACAUGCACUACAACAAAGCCAACGACUUCCAGGUUCCUGACAGAUUCCUGGAAGUGGCUGAGAUUACACUGAGAGAGUUUUACGUUGCAAUUUCAAUGUGCAAAGAUCGUGAUCCGUCCUGGAAGAAGACAAUCUACAAGGUGAUCUGCAAACUGGACAGUGAUGUUCCACCUGAAUUUAAAAGUCAUUACUUUGGAUGAAAACCAGCCAGAAGACAUUCUGUGCCACAUCGUGGACUUACUUCCUCAGUAAUUUUUUGUUUUAAAUGUAAAAAAAAAAAAAACAACAAAAAACAAGGCAAACAAAUGUGUGGUAAGUAAUGUUCAUGUCAGAACAUCUAUUGCUUUGCUAGAGGCAGAGUAAUGGAUGAGUAUGUACCGUAAACUUUUUACGACUCAACAAAAGCUGUAUGUGUCGAGUGGUCUUAAAUAUUCAGCGCAUUAAAGGGAACUAUUUAACCUUAUUUUAACAUGAUAGUGGUGUAUGUCUUUAAGUCAUAGAAGAAGAAAAUACGUCUCUUAAGCACUUUUUCAGAAUGAACACAAAACAAGGUCCACACCGGAGAGCAAAAUAUUUAAUAUUCAACAGAACAUUGAAAUGACAUUUUAUUUAGAUAAUAUAAAAUAUAAAAACCUGCUCAAUCAGUAGAUAAAUUGUUUUAUAAUGUUAAAUCUAGUGCAAUUACAUUCCAUACUUACCAUAGGUUCAUCGUUUGAUCCAUUCUGUUGGUCCUCGACCAAAAUGUCUUCAUGUGGAGAGAUGCUCUUUGUCCUCGGGUUGGCAACCCUUGCUUUGGCUUCAGGACAUCCAGGAAGAGCAAUGAUAAUCCAGAUUAAAUUACAGAUUUGGAAAAUUCAAACUCUGGGUUUCCUUCAGUCUUCAGAGAGUUUAAACAUGUUAAAAAAAUGAAAAUACCAGCGUCUUUUUCCAUCACGUUAAUAAACUACAUACAGUAAAAGUUGUAGCUCCCCAUGCUGAAAGCAAGCGAGACCUCCAACUUACACCCCCACAAAGAAGCACUAAAUAACCUGACCCUUUUACCCUUUUUCAGAAACCCAAUAUACUGUAUAUAACAGAUAGUAAAGGCACAUCUCAAUAAAUUACAGUAUUACCAAACCUUUUAUAUUAGGAGUUCAGUAUUUCAGUAAGACAAAUAACCUAACCAUCAUGGGGAAGGCUGCUGACUAGUUAGUCAUAAAAGGUCACUGCCACAGAAACCAAUUGUUCAGAGUUCUGUAUCCAAGCAUAUUUAUGGAAAGUCAAGUAGAAUAAAAACCUGAUGGACAAAAAGUGCAAAAGCUAACACAGUCUUUGAAGGAUCGUGAAGUGAACCUUCUUCAAGACUUUGGGGGAGAUUAACAAGGUGUGGACAGACUCCGGAGUCGAUUCUUUAAGAGCCGAUACACUAUACACUAUUUUGCCAAAACUAUUAGGUCACAACCCCAAAUGAAUGAAUUCUGCAGGUGUAUAAAGUUUGGUGUGGAGAAACUUGACUGGCCUACACAAAGUCAUCCUUCUUGAACAUCUUUGGGAUGAAUUAGAGCAGAGGCUGCAAUUCUGGUUUUCUCAUCCAACUAUGAACUCACUCCUAAAUCUUGUGGAAGACGUUUACAGAUAAGUUAAAGUUGCUAUUGUUGGCAACAGUGGGUUCAUCAGUAAAUUGGACCCUAUUGAUUAAGCACAGGAUGUCAUCAUAAUUCACGUACAUGUAGAAGUAGACAAAUACUUUUGGCAAUAUAGUGUACAUUCAAGAAAUGAUCUACAACUGUUGCAGUCUUUUGCAAAGACGCUCCUGAAUCAGAGCCAACAGGAGAGUCUUACCUGAGCUACGGACUGUUGCUCAGUGGUCCAGUGUCCUGUUCCCAGAUAAAAUUAAAUUUUGCAUUUCAUGGGGAUAUCAGGCUCCCAGGGUCUAAAAGAAGAGGGAAGAGGAAUAAUUCAAGCUGCUUGAGGUGUAAAGGUGUAAAGUUUUCUUAGUCUGUGAUGAUUUUGGGAGCCAUGUUUUCUGCUGGUGCUGAUCCACUGUAUUUUAUAAAGUCUAAAGGUCAGAGCUGCCGUCUAACAGGACAUUUUCAAAGCACUUUGUGCUCGUCUCUGCUGACAAGCUUUAUGAAGAUGGUGAUUUCACUUUCCAGCAGGACCUAACACAUGCCCACAAUGCUAAAAAUACAAAUAACUGCUUUAAUGGCCAUGGGUUCAAUGAAUGAUUGGCCAGCAAACAAGUCUUAGGCUAAAUCUCAUACAAUCUAUGGAGUAUUGCUUACUCAGCAGAGACACAGGCUGAUUGCCUCCAUGUCACACAGCAGUGAUGCAGUAAUUGAUGCAAAAGGGCCUCAACCAGGAACAAAGUCUGUGUACUGUACCAUAUAUGGAUAGUCUUUUCAGUAGGCCAACAUUGUGUUUUUUAUUAGUCUGAAUUUUCAGAGAAACUGAAUUUCUUUUUAUUCUAUACUUAAUUCAUGUAAACUAUGGAUUUCCAUUUCUGAACGGAAUUACUGAAAGUAAAUGAACUUUUCGGUAACAUUCUAAUUUAUUGAGAUGCACCUGUAAAAGUUAAGGACAUAUUCUGAGAUUUCCAGCAAGUCACUGUUCAUAGGGAACACCUCUGUUCAGACCCCCAGUGAACCAGAACAAAAUCUUUAAAAGCGGUUUUUUUCGCCUCUUAAAACAUUCUUUUUGCAGUAUGUUUGUAAAUCAGCUAUUUGGGUGUGUUUCAGUUAGCAUUAAUGCCUUAUUAAGCCAAUAAGACAGGGAAAGAAGGCAAACACCAAUCUGUGUAGAUCAAUGUUCACAAAUGUGCAAAAAUACAAUAUAUCAGGGUUCAAACAAUACAUCUUAGAUGACAUUUGUGUUGUGGUUCUUUCAUUAUAAGGUAAACGUGUUCAGCUCUAACGUUGAAAGAACGUAAUGCCAAAAUCCUAAAGACUUACAGACUGAAGACUUAUUUUUAUGGCAAUUUUCAAAACUCAAAGAGUAUACUCAAAGAAUUGCGAGGUAUAAACUGCUCAAAUCCAGGCUUUUCUUGUCAUUGCCAAGAAAAACAUGAGUGUGCGUCAAAUGUGCUUUGAAUGUACAGAUAGGACAAAACAUAUUUUAGAACAUGAUUUAUGAACCCAAAAGCAUAAAACACAAUCUCUGAUGUGGCAAGAAGUUUCCAGUGGCAGAUGUCAAUUGUGUCUGUCCAUAAGCAUAGUUCUUUAUAGUGCAUAACCACUUAUCUGUGGUCAAAAACAUGGGUUUUACAGGCGUAAUGAUCUCUGUGACUACAAUUAAUACAAUAAGCUGGCAAUAAAAUGUUCCAUAUAUAAAUAAUUCAAGAUAUGUAAAAACUACAACUAAUUUUGUACAUUAAUCGUGUAAGGUCAUGCACAAAACUGAUCAGUUAUAUGCUUUAUUUCAAAUAUAGAAUUAUAAAAUUUUAUAAAAUUAGAAAACAGAUCUUCAAUGAAAACACUCAGCGAUCUGACCUAUUGUGCCCGAGUUCUUGAAGGUCAACUUUAAACUCCACAAUAUUUCAAUACUGCAAAUACAUAUACCAAAUAUUUACGCAGUGCCUUUAAAAAUUGUUCCCCCUUACAGAUUUUUCCGUUUUGCUUUUGUUAAACCUUAAUCUCUCUCGCUCCCCUGACAAAGAAUCGAGAAAUUGCCUAAAUAGCCACUGAAAACGUAAAGUAGGCUAAAAGAUCUCAAAAAGCAACUCAUCAUGAACACAUAACCAAAGUUAUUGGCAUUUACUGAUCAGAAAACGUUUACGCCAUUUCUAAGGUUUCGAGACUCAGGGCAUCAUCAACGAAAGCGUAAAACAUGGAAAAUUGGUAAGAAUGUUUGUUCGUCAGUUUGAUACCUUAAGCUCAAGCAGCAGAGCAAUAAACCAGAGCACACCAGCCAGUCUAAAUAGCUUAAAAAAGAAAGGUUUUGGAAUGGCCUAGUCAAAGUCUGACAUAAAAGUGAUUUGAGAUGCUGUUACAUGAGUUUAGGAAGGCAGUUUAUGCUCAAAACACUUUCUGUAUUUACUCAGGGUAUUGUUAUAAUUUAAAGUGGUGUGAUGAUUUGAAACGUGUGAAAAAUACAAGCAAAAACAGAAGAAAUAUAUAAAAAAGGAGGUAAGUUUUUUACAUCGAUGUAUGGAAAAACAAGUUAGCAACAGGUUAUUGAAAGAGAUUGGCUUCUUUUCACUUGAAUAGUUUAACCAUCAUCAUGUGACAUACCCAGCCAAUGAGACGCUCAAAAUCUAGGGGUGGGAAUUACAGGAAAUGGGACUUAGACCCAUCAUCUCUAUUCGUUCACCUACUGUACUUCAAUGUUGGUUUGGCUUAUAUAUAAAUAUUUAUGUUCAGUUUACAAAAAUCCUCAAUCAAGUAACAGUGACCCAUGAAGCAGAAC